UGCACACACACUGACAGGAAUCCGGCUGCUCUGUCUCAUCCCUCGGACACCUCAAAUCCAUUUCUCGAACUGCACGAAGACGUUGCCAAAAAACUACAACUGCACGCAGACUGUGGAGGGACGAUUGUUUAAAAAAAGAAAAAAGAAAAAUGAUGCUUGUGUGCAGAAACUAUGAGUGACGGUGCGCCGUGUUGUCCAGCUGCUGAGGCGCUCUGGUGGCGGAGGGGAAGUUUGGAGUCAGAGCCGGAGGACCAGCAACUUUUAUAGACUUUCAAGUCCACCGCCUGCAAGUAGCCAACAGCCCCCAAAUUCAGACUUGUUUCACUCAGGGAUUGUGCGUCCGGAGAAGCUUUGACAACAGAGCAGUGUUUUUAGGUGAUGUGUUGUGGAGGGCGUCUUGAAGCGACAAGGAAAUGGCAUUUCUGUGAAGAAGAGGUCUCUGGUUUUUGUGGUUGACAAUGGAGAAUAAAUGAAAGGGACGUUUCUGGGGAUUAACUGACAGCACAACGACAGAAUGCGGGAGAGGGACCUACAGAGCAUGUGCAGAAGGGCGCUGCUGCUGACCGUCUGUAUGGUGUCUCUGUGGGGACAACUGACCAGUGCAUCAUCACACAGAAGCCACAUAGUUCAUGUGAAAGCGGGAACCUGUGAGGUAAUUGCUGCACACCGAUGCUGCAACAAGAACAAGAUCGAAGAGAGAUCCCAGACUGUCAAGUGCUCCUGCUUCCCUGGACAGGUGGCAGGAACAACAAGAGCGGCUCCAUCUUGUGUAGACGCAUCCAUAGUUGCACAGAAGUGGUGGUGCCAGAUGCAUCCCUGCAUGGAUGGGGAAGAGUGUAAAGUGCUGCCAGAUCUCAAAGGAUGGAGCUGCAGUACAGGAAACAAAGUUAAGACAACCAAGGUCACACGAUAGUCGUCUGUUUCCACGAUAAACCUUGUUCGGAACCAGAUGUUUCGUUUCUUUGACCAACACCACAGGACAGUUGGAUAUCAUGUGUUUUGAGGAUUGGUGGAAACCAGGGACCAACGAGGACAAUUAUCACAGAGACAUUCCACUGAACGAAUGGAGGAAGAGGACCAGGGAGUAUCAUAUAAGACUACAUAUCCAAAAAGAUUCCUGACUUUAGAUCCAGCAUCAACAGUAGCUGUCUCUGAACUCUACUGCCCACCAAAUCUCUCUUUGUAUUAUAGUUUUAUUCCUAUGGACUAGGAGACUCAACCAUGAAGAUAUUUAUUGACUUAAAGACUGUGGAUUACACCAGAAAGAAAAAAAAAAAUUACCCUUAAAGCAAAACCACGUGAUGUGAAACUUUUGUGUUAUUUUCUUGCCACAAAGAGCCGCAGGACUCUUGAUGCAUAUCUGUGUUGAAGAUCUAGUGAGAUCAUAAGCAUUUUUCAUUCCUUUUAGCCUUAUGGAGCAGAGACAUCUCUUCAGUUUCUUUUUUUCUGUUAAUUUGAAACUAUCAAGUGUUUGGCUUUCUUAAGUUUAUUAGGAUGUCAAGUCUUGUUUUUAAAGACAAAAGAUGACGCCACUACAAUAAAACCCAGAAAAAAUGUAACCAUGAAGGGUCAACACAGCUGAGUUCUGCCAAAAUGUUUUAAUGGUAUCUGUUGUUUUCAAAGCCUGGUGAGUACCAUUGAUUACAAAUGUCAGUAUUAUCUCAAUAAAUCUAACUCAAUGGAAAUCACUAGUGAGGAAGAUCUGGGUUUUUACAGUCUGUGAUAACGCUGUUUGAUUACCACUAUGCCUGAGACUUCAAGAGCUGAUCUGCGCCCCCUAGGGGUUCCCGAAUUACUGCAGUAGGGCUGCCUAUUGUGAGUGUUAAGUGUUUUUGUAGUUUAUUUGUUUUGUUUGUUUAAUUUUCAAAAGUAAGAAUAUGUCUUAAGAUAGAAAUGACCAUGAAUCCAACAUAUAGAGUGCUCCAGGGAUGGAACUUAGCAUCGCACUUGUCUUGUCGUCAAAACGCCUAAUGGGAUU